AUGACAUCCUAUCUUCAGAAAGAAAGGAUCCCAGACCAGUGGAAGACCUCGCGAACCGUUCUUAUCCAUAAGAAAGGUGACCGAGAGGACCUUCGGAACUGCCGUCCGAUAUGCUUGCUGAGCGUGUUAUACAAAGUAUUCACCAAGAUCAUCCUCACGCGCAUAUCUAGGACGCUGAGUGAAGCCCAGCCUCAAGAACAAGCUGGAUUCCGCCAGGGGUUCAGCUGCUUGGACCACAUCCAGACCGUGUCGAGGGUCAUAGAGGUUUGCCGGGAAUACCGCCUGCCCCUUGUUCAAUGGAUAAUGAAAUCACUAUCCUGGGAAGAAAGGGGCAUACGUGUUGAUGGAAGAUUUCUUUCGAACCUUCGUUUCGCGGACGACAUCGUUCUCUUUUCGAGCAGUACCAAUGAAGCAGAAACGAUGCUCAACGAAUUGAACGAAGCAGGGAAGAGAGUAGGACUACGAAUAAACAGAAAGAAGACACAGUUCAUGAAGAGCACCUACUGCGAGGACGGAGGAGUACAACUUGAAGGCUCCCAAAUCGUGGAAACUCCGUCAUACGUAUACCUCGGACGUUCCAUGAACAUGGAAAACGACUUGAAGGAAGAACUGAAUAGAAGAAUGAGAGCAGCAUGGGCAGCAUUUGCAGCCGUCAGGGAAGCUACGGACCAACUGACGGACCAAGAUCUUCGUGCCCAUCUAUUCGACUCGACAGUCCUUCCAGCGCUCUGUUACGCAGCGGAGACGUGGGCAGACACCGCGGCCACGUUAAGGAAGCUACCUACUACCCACAGAUCCCUUGAGAGAUGUCUCUUGAAGUUUAACCGGCGCACACAACACCUUGCCGGUCUUCGUAGCUCCGACUUAAGAGGAAUGUCCUGUCUUCGCGACCCAGCGGAAUAA